AAAUGCAGCAGCGCAAACCCAAGGUGUUCGGCGCCGCCGAGAGCGCGGCGCAAGGGACAGAGCAUGAGGUCCCAGCGGCGCAGGCCGCGAUGGCACGCCACAGCUGGCCGGAUCAGGCCGAGGGGGCUCCGGAGCAGUACUCGCCCGUGCCGCGGAAGAAGAGGCUGGCCCUGGCCGAGAAGCGGUGGAGCACGGUGGUCAACGUCGUGCUCGUCGCCUUCGUCAUGACCGUGCUGCCGGUCGUCGUCCUCGUCUUUGCCGGCGGCCCCGGCGCGCCGGCGGUCUGGAUCGCGGCCGCCAAGGCCCAGCUACGCCGAGGUUCCGGCGACGGCUCCUUCCCGUACGCGAGAAGCCCACCUGACAAACUUCUCGGCGGCCUCUUGCCCGACGGAUUCGACGAGAAAUCAUGCCGCAGCCGGUACGAGUCCUCCAUGUACCGCCGGAACCCGGCACGGCAACCUUCUCCACACCUCAUCGCGAAGCUGCGACGACACGAAGAGCUCCAGAGACGGUGCGGGCCGAACACCGACGCGUACAACCGCGCCAUCCAGCAGCUGAGGGCCGGCAAGAGCGUCCGCUCACCCGAGUGCAAGUACCUGGUCUCCAUCUCGUACCGCGGCCUCGGCAACCGCAUCCUGGCCGCCGCGUCGGCCUUCCUCUACGCGGUGCUCACCGACCGCGUCCUUCUCAUUGACCCUAGCAACGAGAUGGACGAGCUGUUCUGCGAGCCGUUCCCCGGCACGACGUGGCUGCUCCCGCUGGACUUCCCCCUGGCGAGUUACACCAACUUCAGCAUCGACGCGGCCGAGAGCUACGGCAACAUGCUGAAGAAUAAGGUGCUCAGUACCGACGUGCCGUCGACGACGACGCAGCUGCCGGCGUUCGCGUACCUCCACCUCGACCACGACUACGGCGACGAGGACAAGAUGUUCUUCUGCGACGACGAUCAGCGGCUGCUGUCGAACAUCCAGUGGCUGGUCAUGAGGACCGACUUGUACGUCGCGCCGGGGCUGUUCCUGCAGGUCACGGCGUUCCAGGAGCAGCUCGACAUGCUCUUCCCGGAGCGCGACGCCGUGUUCCAUCACCUGGGGCGGUAUCUGUUCCACCCGACCAACCGCGUCUGGGGCCUCGUCACGCGGUACUACCGCGCGUACCUCGCGCGGGCGGAACUGCGGCUCGGCAUCCAGGUGCGCGCCUUCGAUUCCUGGCAGGCGAAGUCACCGCAUGUCCUCCAGCAGAUCACGUCGUGCGUCUGGAAGGAGAAGCUACUCCCGGAGGUUCUCACCACGGAAGAACACACCGUGCCGAUGCCCGGCGCCGCCAAGCCCAAAACUGUGCUGAUCACCUCUCUCCGGUCAUGGUACUACGAGCGCAUCAAGGGAAUGUACUGGGAGCAAGCGACGGCGACCGGCGAGGACGUGAGCGUGCACCAGCCGAGCCACGACGAGCACCAGCAAUUCGGCAAGAAGUCGCACGAGGCCAAAGCCUGGGCAGAGAUGUACCUGCUGAGCCUAUGCGACGUGCUGGUGACCAGCGGCUGGUCCACGUUUGGGUACGUGGCGCAGGGGCUUGGCGGCAUGACCCCGUGGGUGAUGUACAGGCCGGACAACACCACGACGGUGCCGGACCCGCCGUGCGGCCGGGACGUGUCCAUGGAGCCGUGCUUCCACUCGCCGCCCGUCUACGACUGCAAGCUGAAGCGUGGAGCGGACACCGGGAAAAUGGUGCCGCACGUCCAGCACUGCGAGGACGUGAGCUGGGGGUUGAAACUUGCUGAUCCAAAGUUGCACUAGGCUUGAAAUUUCAAAGCAGAUUCUGGUGUAUCUAGGUUGAAAGAUCAUGUUUGCUUUAGUUUGAUCAAUGGAUAUAUAUCAGGCAACAUGACACGAG